CACUUGUCAGAACAAGCAGAGGCACAACGUCAGCAGAGUCACAGACCAGAGCAGGAAGAGAGGGACGGACGGAUUCAGAGAGAGAGAGCCAAGGUGUGAUCAGAGAAGGCUAGAGAGCGAGUUUGAAGAGUUUGAAUUUCAGAGGGAAACACAAGAGAGAGAGAGAGAGAGAGAGAGAGAGAGAGAGAGAGAGAGAGAAAGAGAGAGAGACACACUCACAGCUGAGGGGUGUGUCAUAACAAUUUAGUUCCUCAAGGAAGUGCAACUCAACAUUUUCUUAAGACAGGGUGACAGAGGCGCAGCAGGAGGGCUGUUUUUCAUUUUUGAGGUUUUUGUUUCUGCUCGUGGUGAAGAUGAAGGGAUCUCAUUAAAUCGACCAGGUCCGAGCUGUCAACCUGAGGCAGAGCAGAGGGAGAGAGAAGAGACUUAUCUGACACAGACCAGGAGGGAGAGGGGACUCAGCAGCACACACACUCACACAGGUAACCAUGGAGUCCUUCAGCUCGAGGGACAUGGCCAUGAGGGUGCAGAAGAAGUUCCUCAGCUCCAUGGCCACCAAAGGCUCCGUCCAAAUGUUCAUCGACGACACCACCAGCGAGAUCCUGGACGAGCUGUACCGGGUCUCCAAAGAGUACUCUGGGAACAAAUCUGAGGCCCAGAAGGUGAUCAAAGACCUGAUCAAGAUCGCCGUGAAGAUCGGCGUGCUGUUCAAGAACAACCGUUUCAGCACAGACGAGCUGGUGGUGGCCACGGACUUUAAGAAGAAGCUGCACUUCGGGGCCAUGACGGCUAUCAGCUUCUACGAGGUAGACUUCACCUUCGACAAGGCCGUGAUGGCCGAACUCCUGACCAAUUGCAGAGACCUGCUCCUGAAGCUUGUCAACACCCACCUCACCCCAAAGUCCCACGGUCGCAUCAACCACGUGUUCAACCAUUACUCCGACCCCGAGCUCCUGACCAAACUGUACGAGCCCGACGGACCCUUCAGACCCCACCUCACCAAGAUCUGCAAAGGACUCAACAAACUGGUGGAGGAGGGGACUAUAUGAUAUAAACGUUUAAAAAAAAAAAAGUCAGACACUGGGAGAUCUAUGGGCGGACUCACACAAGACUCAGAACUCGAUGGAGGAUUUUUGUCCUACGUCUGCCGAGGACUGGUGACGUGAGGCGAGAGAUUUGAGAACAAAACCGACGCCCCUCGUUGUCCUCGGAGAACAAGUGGGACAAAAAUAAAGUUGUUUUUUAUUAAUCUGAAAGGUCAUACAUGCUGUGUUAGUGUGACGUACAUUUCACAGAAACUGGUUUAUACUUCUAUAUCAGCUGUUUUUAUUAGAUGAUGUCAUCACAUGUUUAAUAUUUGAGACCUUGAAAUGUUCCAAACUACUGAUGUUGUGUAUUUUAGGGAGGAGGAGUUUAAGUGCCUGUGCAGAUUGCAUAAAAGGAAACGGACGGGCAACAGUAUCACUGUAACACAGCACUGCCAUCUAGUGGUCAAGGUGAAGCUUCAGCAGCUCAUUGCAAGGUAUUCACUGAGGCCGACAAUAAAGCGAAUAACCCCACAGAGACGAUGAGCAACACUUUGUGUUUCCAGCUUCACAACAAGAAGACUCUUCAGUGGAGAAGAGUGAACGAGCAGGAUUAACCCUACGAUUCAUAAUCACAGGUCAAAGUCUUCUGUUUUGCAUUAAAAAAUAAAGAGGCAACACAAUCAGA